AUGUGUGAGUUUUGCGAAUUUUCGAAUGUUGAUUUGCGAUGGAAGGCGUUUUUGUCAGCAAAAGGUAGUAGAAAAUUGGAUUUCUCAACUAUUGGAAUGUAUUGUGAAGACGACUUGAUGCAACUCGUUUUAAAGGUAACUUGAUGAUUUGGCAAUGAUAAGAAAUUCAAAUUUAUUUACAGGAUAUAAUUUCGGUAGCUGCUCCACUCUCCGAAUUUGAACAAGAUGGAGAAUUGUUUUUCCUUUGAAAAAUUCUUCUCACAAUCGGCGAAACUUUUGGACAUUUCAAGUUUCUUGUCAAUCGUCGUUGUUUUGCAAUUGUCAAAAAAGCCUCAAGAAAUAAUCGAAGAAACCUAUGAAAAAGUUGAAAAAGUUGGUGGAGAUCAAAACUGUAUUCCAAUAUUCAAAAAUUACAAAAAACCGGCUGGAGGAGAUAGCGCUUUUUCCAAUGCAGCUUUUGAUACUAAAGAUAAGGUAAGUACAAAAACACGAGGAAAUUUAUUAAUAAAUCAUUUUACAGAUUGCUCAAUCCCGCAUUUCAGUGACAGCAAAAUCCGAUAAAUUCGUACAAAAAUCGAUUUGAUUGUUCAGCAAUUCUUCAGGUUUGUUAAUUUUUUAACGUGAAACAUGACGUGGCAAAUUUGAUCUCAUUUUCUGAUUUAGAAAUAACAAUCCUAAUUUUCAGCAUUCGUCUCAUUCUCAGCGAGUUUUCUGACGCGAUUUCGAAUAUUUUCAAGAUUUUUUGGAUUUCCAACAUUUUGGCGAACACUUGCAUUUGGUUUGAUUUUGUCCCGGAAAGGUCGGUUUUGUUUUUGCAAAAAAAAAUUUAAAUUCUCUCACAAAAUCAUUUUUGAAUGAUGAGAUUUGAAAUUUUUAAAAAUAUUAAAUUGGGGAGAAUUUGAUAAGAAUCAAACACAUUUUCCACACCCAAAUAUUGCGCUGAAAGUCAUAGAAACAUGGUUUUCCAGAUGUUUUCAGCAUUUUCAUCAUGAUUUUCAGCACAAAAUUUGGGGUACUUAAAAGUUUUUAAGAUAAAAAAUUUUCGAAACCCAAAUUCUGUGCUAAAAUUCAUAAGUUCCUGAUUUUCAGCACAAAAUUUAGGUCUGGAUUUUUUUUUGAAUUCACAAGAUCCAAAAAUCGAACAGUUUUAAAUUAAAAUAAAUAUGAAAAUCGAGUUCGGUUGAUCUUGAGAUAUAAAAAUCAGGUAAGUUAUUUUCUCUUCAAAAAUUUGAUUUUAUUUAUUUGUUCUGUCCUUUUUUGUUUCAUAAAAUAAUAAAUGUUUUUUUUUUCUCAAUUUCCAAUGUGUUAUGUAUUUUUUGUUUGAUUUUAAAAGAGUUGAAUUCUCUUAGAAUUCUUCAAGUCGAAUGGAUUUCGAAAGGACGUGUAAAAGGUGAGAUUUUUGGGGAAUAUAAGGAUUCAAAUAUUAGUUGA